AUGUUGAGUGAUUGCCUGUUGAUCAUCGCAAUCGCCUUUGGUACCGCCCUUGCUGGAGAAGGAAUCACAUGGCUCCUCGUAUACAGAUCGGAUCAAUACAAACGACUCAAGGCUGAUAUGGACAAAAAGACAAAGAAAUUGGAGAAAAAGAAGCAAGAAGUCGGAGAUACAAACGACAAAAGUAUCAAGAAGAAAUUGGAGAGAGAAGAGGAAAAGUUGAAGGCAACGAACCGGGAUAUGAGCAUGUUCAAGAUGAAAUCAAUGUUCGCUAUCGGUCUCGCCUUCACUGCUCUCCUCUCAACAUUCAACUCGAUUUUCGAGGGACGGGUUGUCGCCAAACUUCCAUUCUACCCAAUCGGAUUCAUCCAAGGAUUGUCUCAUAGAAACUUGAUUGGUGAUGACAUGACCGACUGCUCAUUCAUCUUCCUCUACAUCUUGUGCACCAUGACAGUUCGUCAGAAUCUUCAGAAGAUUCUUGGAUUCGCCCCUUCUCGUGCAAUGGCUCGUCAACAAUCGUCACCAUGGGCUCCACCAACUUCUCAAAUGAAUUAUCUUCGUUAA